AUGAGUACGGCCUCGGAGACGACGUCGCGGACGGGCGGGCGAGGGUACCGGAACGGACACCGGACGCUGCUCGUUGUCUCGAACCCAUCACCCAACUCGGACAGCGACUCUGACGACCGCGGCGACCUCCGCCUCGACUCGCGCGUGCCCUCGGUCGUCUCGGCCCCUUCCCCCUCCGACACGUCCUCCCCACCGCCCAUCACGCCCUCGCACCAGCCCCACCCCGUCGCGGACGAUAAUCCCCAAAUAAAGAUGCAGAUGGUCCCGUCGCUGCCCCCGCCGGUGCGCUCGGUGCGCUCGCCGGACAACAAGACGAUCAUCCUCGUCACCUCGGACUCGGACCACUUUGCGACCGUGCAGAUCACCGGCUUCACCAACGCCGCCUUUAUCAAGGAGCUCAUAUUCGCAAAGCUCCAAAUCCCGGACGAGGACUACGCGCGGUACUCGAUCUACAGGACGGACAUCGACGCCUACGCCACCAGUGGCGCCCUGUCCGACGACGAGCUGUACAACCUGUGCGUCGAAGAAGGCGACUCGAGGGGGUCCCUGAGGCUGCUGGUCGCGACGAGCUCGGCGGCGGUCCACAACCCGGCGGCGUCGCCCGGGCUGUCUGGCGUGCCGCCGCCGCCGCCGCCGCCGCUGCAGACGAGCUACCCGUCGUCGCCGUACAGCAUGGUGCAGCACACGCAGCAGCAGCAGCGCACGCACCGGCACCGGAGCACGAGCAGGCACGGCAGCGUCUCGUCCCGCAGCGAGCGCCUGAGCCAGCUCGACGAUCUCGAGGACGACGGCGGGCGCAGAGGCACGCUCAGGCCGCCGGCGAGGCCCCAGUCGCCGCCGGCAGUCAGGGCGCUCCAGCACGUGCGGACCGGGUCCGACGUCGGGCAGCAGAACGAGAGCGAGCGCGAGAAGGUCAGGAGGGACAGGGAGCGGAUGCGCGACGAGCGGGAGAGGCGGAACCGGUCCGAGCAGCUGUGGGCGACGAGCGUCGACAGUCCGACGACACCCAGCGCCCUCCGCACGAAACAGACGCCCACCUCCCACUACCCGUCCUCGCACAUGCCCCCGACGCCCAGCACGCCCCCCAGCUCCUCGGGCGCAUCCGCCCUCCGCCGCCAGCAGAACGAGCAGCGCAAAAAGGUCCCCCUCGGCUGGGUCACCUUCACCGGCGCAAAGGCAACGCCGCCGAUCCCCGCCUCCGCGUCCUCCCCCAGGCGCGACAUGAGGAGCAUGAGGAGCAUGGACAGCCUCAGAGACGCCGGUCGCCACCACCCCGGCGCACUCACCCCGGGCUCUGGCCUCCCGAACCAGCCACAGUCCCGGCCCACGGUCCCCCCUCUCCCCUCCCUCCCCUCCCUCCCCCAG